AUGAAGGAAGAAGUAAUUGCAAGAACUGAAGCAGCAGCGGCAAGGGAAGAAGAGAUUAUAAGAAAAAGAGCAGACGAUCCAUUGAAAGAUUUGAAGGCUGGUGGCUCGUCGCCGAGGGAGGCAGAUGGGGAACCCCGUGCAGCAACAGCCAAUGAUGAUGCCGGGGAAGGUCAACGCGGUGGUUCCACGGAAUCGCCUGCCUCGAUCAGUCCCGCUGCCUGUCCGAUUUCCCGCCGGUUCAGACGAGCACUGAAACGGCCCGAGGUGGGCAUGCAAAGGCCCCGGGAGUCUACAAAAUGCGCAAAAAAUCGAGUCAACGGACCUGGCCAGAAGUUUCCUGCCUUUCUGCAGCCCGCCAGCCCUGCAGGCACUAAUACUCAGAAGGCAAUCCUGUUUGACCUUCCUAAUCAGGUGAUGUGA